AUGGGGACCUCCGUCCCCAUCCCACCGGAGACUGCGGCCUUGCAAGGGGCAGAUUGUCACUUGUACCCGGUGCCAGGCAGGGAAGCGCGAUUCUCCUGCCACCAACGGACGACCCCCACUCAGGUGACAGCGAGACGUUACGCUCACCGGUCGUUCCGUUACACGCUCUCCUUCUGCGCAACUGGCGCCAUGCCAACACCCCCCUCGGGAACAGAAGUGACCCUGCAGAGACCUAACGGUCGCUACAGAAGCGGCUUCAGAGGAAAAGAGUACCACUGGACCAGCAUUCCAGGCAAUCCUCUCAAUCUCCGUGAACAUCGCCAUUUCGAUGGUAAUUUUCUCCAGGACACCGGAGUAAGAAACUUUUUUUGCGGGUUAUAGCGCUGUCCCCCGCUGGUCAGCGGUGAGGUUUCGUUGUCGCAUGCGUGUCCGCCAUGGUGUGUUUCAAUAGAGUGCAACAAACGCGACUCUGCCGGGAACGAAGCUAUGAGACUUGGUUUUCCUCUGAGGGUGCUCAAGUGUUCUUUCUCUUCACGCACGCGGGGGUUGUUGAUGUCGUUUGGUCCACAUUUCGUACUCCGCAUCGUUCCGCUGA